CACAAAUGAGAAGCAAGGAACCAAACAUUCACUGAUGUGGCCCUCCGACUGAGAAGGAGAAAGACAUUCCCCACAGUAUCCUGUUACAUCAUAGCCUAGGAAAAUUGCUGAAGUGUAGACUGCUGCCUUGAUUUUGUAAAUCUGCAGUAAAGGUGGCAAUGUCGAGAGUUCCCACCCCUCCACCACCUGGAGAGAUGUCCAGUGGACCUGUAGCUGAAAGCUGGUGUUACACACAGGUUAAAGUAGUAAAAUUUUCCUACAUGUGGACCAUUAAUAACUUCAGUUUUUGCCGAGAAGAAAUGGGUGAAGUUUUAAAGAGUUCUACAUUUUCAUCAGGGCCAAAUGACAAAAUGAAGUGGUGCCUGAGAGUAAACCCAAAGGGUUUAGAUGAUGAAAGCAAAGACUACCUGUCAUUAUAUUUGCUUUUAGUCAGUUGUCCAAAAAGUGAAGUCAGAGCAAAAUUCAAAUUUUCCCUUCUGAAUGCUAAACGAGAAGAAACAAAAGCAAUGGAAAGCCAAAGAGCAUAUCGAUUUGUGCAAGGCAAGGAUUGGGGUUUUAAAAAGUUUAUCAGAAGAGAUUUUUUACUUGAUGAAGCUAAUGGUUUGUUACCAGAUGACAAGCUUACAUUAUUUUGUGAGGUAAGUGUGGUCCAAGAUUCAGUAAAUAUAUCAGGACAGUCCAACACAAACACUUUGAAGGUACCUGAAUGUCGACUAGCAGAAGAUUUAGGGAAUCUCUGGGAAACCACAAGAUUUACAGAUUGCAGUUUUUAUGUAGGAGGACAAGAAUUCAAAGCUCAUAAGUCUGUCCUUGCAGCUCGUUCACCAGUUUUUAAUGCAAUGUUUGAACAUGAAAUGGAGGAAAGCAAAAAGAAUCGUGUAGAAAUAAAUGAUGUGGACCCUGAGGUUUUUAAAGAAAUGAUGAGAUUCAUUUACACAGGGAAAGCACCAAACCUUGACAAAAUGGCUGACAACUUGUUGGCAGCUGCAGACAAAUAUGCACUGGAACGGCUGAAGGUCAUGUGUGAGGAGGCACUCUGUAGUAACCUCUCAGUUGAAAACGUUGCUGACAUUCUUAUCCUCGCAGAUUUGCACAGCGCAGAACAGUUGAAAGCACAAGCAAUAGAUUUUAUUAACAGGUGCAGUGUUCUUAGACAACUUGGGUGUAAAGAUGGGAAAAACUGGAAUAGCAACCAAGCAACAGACAUAAUGGAAACAGCAGGCUGGAAGUCAAUGAUCCACUCUCAUCCUCACUUGGUAGCAGAGGCCUUUCGAGCAUUAGCGUCUGCACAGUGUCCACAGUUUGGCAUUCCACGCAAACGGCUAAAGCAGUCAUGAAAUCUUCCACGAACUUUAGAGAAACUGAAAUGACUCUACUCUUCCUUGUCCAGAGGUGUUUUCACAAACCAUACAAGAAUUUUUGUUAUCCUUGUCCACAGAACAGAAGCUGAAAAAGCCUAUUGUUUGCUUUUCAGUUGGAUAAUUUAUGGUUUAAUCCUCAGCUUUAAAUUAGACUGAUUACUCUCUAGUUCACUGAAAGGCCUUAAAUUAUCUUCAAUGACUCUAGUCCAUGUAGUCUAAUGUAUCUUGAUUUUUUUUUUAUUGUGCCUUGUCUUUUUGACUAGGCUAUGCAGGAUUGCACUAGCUCCAUAAUGCAGUAAAGUUCAUAACUGAAGAUUAACUUUUGAAAGGGAUCUUCCAUUUUUUUAUUUUUUUUUAAAGAAUGAAGAUUAUAGUUUGGUUCUGUGCUAACUGGAAGGUUUCAACUAGACUCUCAUUUAAAAGCACUUGAGCUAAGGGCACAUAAUGAGCCCUUAGUUCAAGUACAAAGCAUAGGAAGAACCAGUUUACUUUCAGAGGAUGCCAACAGGCUGUUAAUGGCAAUAUACUGCUUUGAACGUAAUUUAUUUUUCAUUGUGGGGGCAAAUAUGCAAUGGUUUGGCCCAAAAAUGUAUUUUCAAUAUAGUUUGUAAUGCCUAUUGUGUGUAUGUCAAAGCUGUCCAACAAACGUUAAAAAAAGAAACACAUAAUAAAUCUUUUGCCUGUGUUUCUUUAUGGUCCAUCACUAGUUUACAUUUAAUGGAAAAUAAGGUAAGAGGUAAAGGUUUUGCUGUGAAGAGAGAAUGGUAUUGUAUUUGAAGAAAAAUUAUUUAUAUCUCACGUGUUAUGGUACAUAGAAAAGUAAAGGAUGCAUAGAAUGACCAAAUGUAAAUUUAAGAAAUGGGCCAAAUGGAUUCUGAAUAUGCACUUUUAAUGCGUAACUUUUGUAUGUUGUGUGGUACAUAUAUAUUUUGCUUUUGAUGAAUUAAUGAGGUACAGGUAAUUGUGGCGUAACUUUUUAAAUACAUUUUAAGAUGCCCACAGCCACAUGGGAUUUAGUUUUGUUAUUAUGAACAAGAAAAGCAUGUCUUUGAAGACUUAAUUGAACCUGAAUAUUGUAAGCUCUCGUUCUAUAUUGUUGAGUAUUUUCACAUUUUUGAGAAAGGCAUGUGAAUGACAAACAAAACUUUGGAAGAGGAUCUGUUCUCCACUUAACAUGUGUGCACAAUUUCCAUUCACAUUAGUGGUAGUAACAUCGAGGAGGAGGAAUAGAUCCCUGAAAUGUCAGAUAGUAUUUGCAAGUACAAGCUUGCUUUUUCUAGCAUUUCAGUUAUUGUACUAGUAUUGUGGAUGGUAUUGAAAUUCUGCAUAAUGUGAAAGGAUGAAACAUUUGUAAACUGCUUAUCAUGGGCCAGUUCUUUAUUAUAUGAACCUUAGCUUUAAUAUCAACGUUUUCAGUGUUUGAUAGCUUUGUUUACAAUGUGGGAGAGGGAGAGGCUGCAGGUAAUGCACAUUCUAAAUGUUUUCUGAGUUAUAACAUUGAAUUUGCUAUAAGGGUGAUAAUAUGCUAUAUUUGUUGUUUGUCAAGAUUUUCAUUUAACAGUGGGAUAUGGGAAGAAAUCUCAUUGAAUUUAUAAACAUACUAUUAAGAUAAAACACUUCAGUUUGCCUUUAAACUUACAUGAAAAAUGAAAUUUUAAGAUUUACCUUCUGAAAAGGUAAAUCUCCUCCCUAAUUUAUUUACGAUUUCUCAGAAUUAAUCCCAGUGAAGUUUUAGGAGGGUAAAGUAUAUAUGCUUUUAUAUUUUGUUACCAAGUAAACCUUUAGCAAAUAAGUGCCCAGUCCAGUUUUUAAAAAAUAAACCUCUGAAUGCUUGUAUACACUGUAUUUGAACUAAAUCUUUGUGGCUUAAAUAUAAAAUAAGAAGCAUUCUUAGACAAGUGUCUAAAUGCUACAGGCCACACACCACUAGACUCUAUGAAGUAAUUUAACCUUUAUCACAUUGUUCUUUAAAUAUUUAUCUAAAUUAAGAUUUUGGCAUUUAAGCAUUCUUCAUGUUAGGGUUUAGUAGGAUACCUGCUCCCUCCAAAAUAGUGACGUUUUUGCUGCAGUGUGUAACAAAUUAGAAUGAAUAUAUUCAAACUCAUCAUGAACAAGCUCACUGUUGAAACUUGCAGCUCUAAUAUACAAAGUGACUUGAAUAUUUAAUACCAUAAUUAUGAUUGUCCAGUUCAGCCUGUUCUAAAUUACAAAAUACAGUAAUCUAAUGUGAAGCUUAAGGAUUUUGUUCUGAUGAUUUAAAAAAAAAAAAAAAAAAAGCUUAAUAGCACACUUUG